AUCAACUUUUCGAUUAGAACCAGGACCAGGACUAGGACAGGACAGCCAGGACAGACUUUGACCUUGACCUCGACCUUGACUUCGACUUCGACCCUUUUUGCUAUUUUGUUCAGUACCAAAAGGGACGCGUAAUCUUGCCAUGCCGAAAUACUACUGCGACUACUGCGAUAUUUUUCUGACGCAUGACAGUUCGUCCGUAAGAAAAUCACAUAAUGCCGGUCGUAACCACUUGAUCAACGUCAAGACCUACUACUCAGAGCUGAGCCCUCAAACGACACAGUCUGUGGUCGACACCAUCGCAAAGGCGUACGCAGAGACAGGAUCAGUCGUUCCGCCCCAGUACUCUGGCUACCCUCAGAUGGGCUUCGGAGGUCCACCUGGCGGCUUCAACCCAUAUAGACCUUCAAGCUUCCCAGGAAUGCCUCCUGGCAUGCCACCCAUGCGUCUUGGUGAACCCGGUCCCAACGGCCUUCCACCCCGUCCACCUAUGCCCCCUCACCCCUCCAUGUUCAUGCGUCCGCCUCCUGGCGCUCCACCUGGUCAAUUCCCGCCUCCACCUCCCGGCUUCCCAGGCGUUAUUCCGGGUGCUCCCUUCCCACCUCCAGGAGCCCCCUUCCCCCCGCCACCAGGACAGUUUGCACCACCUCCCCCAGGACAAUUCCCUCCACCGGGUCAGUUCCCACCACCAGGCGCUGUACCGCCAGCACAAUUUAGACCGCCCUAUGGCAGUAUACCACCACCAUCUUCGGCACCACCAGCAACAGCAGCGCCCACAAGUACGCCUCCAGCGGGAUCAGCACCAUCGGCGGGACCUGUUAUGCACGGCGAUCGGAAGAGGCGAUUGGAGGAAGGUAUGGAGUGAACGUGAACAGGAUGGCGAGUUAUCUCGAGGACUUGUCGCUGUUUUGCUUCCGCAUCUCCUCCUGCGCUUUCUCCUCCGGUCUUUUCUUAUUUUGCAUACCAAUGCGGAAUGCAUGUAGCAACUCCUUUUGUCUUCUCUUAAUACGCGCGCGCGUAAAAAACAGUCCUUAGAGCCAUUUGAGUUCGAUUUGUAUGUAACAAACCAAAUAAAAUCUAACAGACAAAAAGA